CCCGGGAGAGUGUGAUGGUAGUGUCCGCCGCUCAGUGCGACCAACCCGGGGAGAGUGUGAUGGCAGUGUCCGCCGCUCAGUGCGUCCAACCCGGGGAGAGUGUGAUGGCAGUGUCCGCCGCUCAGUGCGUCCAACCCGGGGAGAGUGUGAUGGUAGUGUCCGCCGCUCAGUGCGACCAGAACAGUCAUCCCGGUGAGGGUUCGCAGACACUGCUCGGUGCUGAGAGCGGUCAGCCCGGGGACGGUUUACCGGCAGGGUCCGGGGCUCAGCUGGCGGACUUCUUGCAGAGCUGUCAGGAGCAGAAGAGCCUCCUGGUGGGCUCAGAAUUCACCGGGACGGACCUGGUCAACACCACCAUCCUGUACGUGCAGCCGGACGGCAGCCUGGUGGAGGGGUCCGGGCUCACGGCCGAGGAGCAGCAGGCUCUGCUGGACCAGCUCACCAAGCAGCAGAUCGUCCAGGUCUCAGACUCUGAGGCUGUCCAGCUGCUCCAGCAGAGCCAGCUGCUCAAAACCAUCCCGGUCCACAAUGCGGCCCUGGACCCCAGUCAGCUGCAGCAGGUCAUCAACCAGGUCACCAAGUCCCAGCAGCAGGUCCAGGUCCCCCAGCAGAUCCUGAAGCAGCAGGUCCAGGUCCAGCAGAAGCAGCAGAAGCAGGUUCAGGUCCCUCAGAAGACCAGCACCCAGAACAAUGCUUCCCAGCAGCUGAAGAGCGUGGCCCAGCAGGUUGCCAUGCAGACCGGUAGCUCGGUCCAGGUGGUCCAGAAGAAGUCAGAACCCGUCAGAAUCCAGAUCCAGGCUCCGCCCAAGCAGGAAGUGAAGCUUGGCUCCGCCCCUCAACAGAAGAGCAUCGCUGUGAGUCAUCCGCAGGUGAAGCUGUCGGCCAAUGGCAGCGUGAGCAGCGCUCAGAUCAUCCACAUCCAGCCUGUGGUUGGUCAGCAGGGGCAGCAGUUCUUCCUGCAGCAGCGCCCGGGCGACCCCCCCAUCCAGCUGCUGCUGCAGAGCCCCGCCCCCGUCGUCAGCUCUCUUCUCCCAUUGGUCCACAAGCUCACCGGUCAAAUGACAUCAGCGGGCGCUGCUUCCAGUCCAGGCCAGAAACCUUCAGUGUCGCCCAUCAGAGUACAGACCCCGUCCACCGUGAAGACCGCACUACCCUCCGCUGUCAAGACCCCGCCCACCCUCGCCACUAAAACCAUCAGCAUCCCGCCAGUUAAAUCCCCCACUAACGGCACGGCAUCCACCGCCAGUAAGAACCUCAUGAAACCACCUGCGGUCCCAGUACAGACCGCCACACCUGCUGCUGCCCGACCUGCCUCAGUAGCCCCGCCCACAGCAGGGAAGGACAGAGAUAGGGAAAAAGAGCGGGAGAAGAAGAUGAAGAAGAGAGAAAAGAAGGCGCCGAAGGUCCAGACCAGAUCCGGUCGAGUCUCCAGACCUCCGAAGUACAAAGCAAAAGACUACAAGUUCAUAAAGACGGAGGACCUGGCGGACAGCCACCAGUCCGACUCCGACGAUUACUCCGACAUGAGCGUGGAGGAGGAGGGGGAGGAUGGGAGGAAGGACGGCCCCGCCUCUUCCUCAUCCCCCUCCCUCACCUACAGCCACAAGUCCCGGUCCCACCGCUGCCAGACCUGCGACAAGGCCUACAUUGGUUCUGGAGGCCUGAACCGCCACUACAAACUGAAUCCCACACACGGAGAGCCUGACCCGCCCGGCGACCCGCCCAGCAACACGCCACGCCCCCUCAGAGACGACAGCCAAUCGAAAGAGACGAGAGCAGGAGGCGUCAGAUCGAAGGAGGAGGAGGAGGAAGAGGAGGCGGAGGAAGAGGAGGAGGAGGAGGACAAACCUGCUGCCACGGCAACAAACAGAGUGGAGGGGGGUCCAGCAGCGGCUGUGGGACUCAGGGGCCUUCAUCACCGCGGCCCCGGCCGGCCCCGAGGACGAGGAAGAGGAAGAGGCAGGGGGCGUGGCCGAGGGCGGGGCCGACCACUGGGACCGCCUCCGAAGGUGACGGUGGGUCUCGUCAGUAGACGGGGUCGGCGCGGUCGUCCUCCGAAGCUCGCCGUCCCCACGGUAACCGCAGAGCAGCAGGUGGAGAGGAGACGAGACCGACUGCAGGAGGUGGUGGAGCAGUGCGAGGAUGAGGAGCUGAUGGACAUCGUUCUGCCCCGUCUGACGAAGGUGUUGAGUCUCUGGGAACUGCUGCUGGCAAAGGUGGAGCGUGGCGGUCCAGCUCGGACUCGGUUUCCAGACAUUUACCGCGAGUUUGAGUCCCUGCAGGCUCAGGUGAGACAGGCAGCUCAGGAUUACAUCAUCAGCCCUCAGGGUGGAGCUAUGCCGCUGGAGGUCAGGAACAUCGAGGUCGCCCGGUCUCUGGGGAUCCUGGACGAGGUGAACAGGAUGAAGGUGGUUCCUGGAGCGUCUCCCAGCUCCAGUUUGACCAAUAAGAACGUCCGAUACAUGGAGAAUUCCAAGAUGCUGCCUCCUUCAAAGAGAUUUAAGAUGGAGAACAGCAUCCCAGUUCACCAGAACGGCCUCGAGACGCCCAGAACAGGUGUGACCCCUGUGACCUCCUCUGUGACCUCCUCUGUGACCCCCUCUGUGACCUCCUCUGUGACCCCCUCUGUGACCUCCUCUGUGACCCCCUCUGUGACCUCCUCUGUGACCUCCUCUGUGACCUCCUCUGUGACCUCCUCUGUGACCCCUGUGACCUCUGUGACCUCCUCUGUGACCCCUGUGACCUCCUCUGUGAAGCCCUGCUCAGUUUCUGUGUCCCCUCUGGUGUUUCCUGCUGGACCCAAACUGACCACCUCCUCUGACUCCAGCUGCUUUGAGACGCCAUCCACGCAGACCCUGCCCCCCGUCACGCUCAUGGAGGUGACUGCAGGUGAGGACCCUGGGGAGGAGCCUCUGCCAGCAGCCCAGAACCAGGUCCUGAGCACCAAUGACAUCACAGCCCAGAUGAAGGAACUGGAGGAAGCUCUGGGUUCGGGUCCUGAGACCGCCGCAGACUCAAAGACUCCUGAGUCCAGCUCAGUUCAGACUCCUUCUCAGCUCCAGCAGCGGGGCUCCUCCCAGUCCGAGUCUAGCUCCACGGACCCCUGUGAGCCCAAAGAGCUGCAGGAGGGUCAGGAGAUCUACAUCCAGACCGAGGGGCUGACGGUGCAGCUCGCAGAGCCCGGAUUAGACCGGAUCGUGAUCGUCAACGGGCCGGAUGGGACGACUAUGCACAUCCAGACCCCAGAGGGGGUUCCCCUAGAGGCGGUCCAGGCCCUGCUGGGCAUCGAAGCUUCUGACGGCGCCAAAGAAGCUCCACAGUGAACCCGGACUGAGCAAGACCAGAACCUGGUCCUGAAUGUACAAGGUGGUCUGAGCCCCCAGGUGCUGGUAAACACCUGGACCACUCUGCCUCUGUGGGGGCGGAGCCUAAACUCACCUGUCGGUCUGUCCAGUCAGACUCAGUAGCUCGUGUUUGCUGCAGUGCCCCCAUCAGGACAGACAUUGUACCUGUGGGUGUAACGAACACAGCGGCCUGCAGGGGGCGCUGACACCUGAGGACAAACUGCUCCGUUAAUAUCGCCGUUGCCAUGACAACGCGUUCCUUCUUACUUCCUGUUUUAAAAACAAACACCUGGAGAGCGAGGCUGCCGCCUGUAGUCACCUGUAGGCUGAUGAUGAUGAUUAUUAUUAUUAUUAUUAUUAUUAUUAUUAUUUAGUGCUCAUAUCUAAUAUCUAGACUGUUAUCCUCGGAGAAAACUCUAUUGUGAUCAGAACUUAAAGGUCAACAGGAAGUUGUGAGCUGAUCAAUAACACUGACCUCAGGUUAACAGAUGCUAUAUCUUAAUAUGAGCCACAGAUAACCGGCGACCCGCAGUGUCCUCUCCGGGCUCCCGUAUUCAGAUCAACAAACCUUAUUUAUAUUCUCGCCGUCUGAUUGGUCCGUUCAGUUCUCACCUGUGAUGAUGUCAGCGGCGGCUGGUUUUUAAGGAAUCUGGAGUGAUUGUAAAUUUGUACACUUUUUUUUUUUCAGUGUUUCCAUAUUUGGAUUUGUUGUUGAUUUGAAACUAGAAGCUGAUUGGUUGGCUGUUUAUAUGUAGAUAAAUAUGAAAAGUUUAAAAAAAGUUGCACUAUUUUAUUACUUUUUAUAAAACUUCACAGAAACAUUUUCCAAACGUAACGUUGGGCCUCGUUUGUAGUCGAUGUGAGGACGGACUGGAAGCAGUCGGGAGGAAACUUUAUUGAUUUGUCAUGUUGAUGCAUUAAACACAUUUCAUGUUCCUCCAAUAAACUGAUGUCAUCAGACAUAAACAGGAA